UGCCCUAUAUGAAAACCCUGCUGUCGUAAUUUAUAAAGAAAUGAAACUAAAACUAGUUCACAAUUCGAAACAUGGCGUCGAACUUAGAUGCAAGUGAUUCCAGCUUUUCAGACUUCAGUGAUACUGACACAGACUCGCACUCAGACUCCCAGUCUAGCUCAGACUCUGACCAGGGACAAGCAGAAUCAAAGACCAAGCAGAAAGCCUGCCAGUACUACAACGAUGGCCACUGCCGCUAUGGGAAGCGUUGUCGAGACCUGCAUGUGUGCAAGUACUUCCUGAAAGGCUUUUGUCGCUACGAAUCAGCCUGUAAACUCAAACACAUCAGUGAUUCCUCCACUGAGGAGAAGGAUCGUGGGAGGUUGACUCAUCGCAAAAAAAGAAGUGGUUGCAGGGAUCGGAGCAGAAGCCCUGAGAGUGUAGAGGACAAUGGAAGGCCUUACAGAUGGCAGCUGGAUAUGGGUGAAGGCUGGGAGGAUGUGGCCCAUGAUUAUAUACUGGAAGCUCAAUACUCCCAGCCCAACAAUAAAGGCAUCAGGAUCUACAACACUCCCUGUGGUGCUCUGUCCAUCGACUUCACUAGGAUGCGCAUUCUGAAGAAGACAAAGCUGCGUGUGAGACGGAAGGACUCCCCACAGACUGAGUGGCUAUGGCAUUACCGUGGCAACCAGGGCUGGAGCCAAUAUGGAGAACAGGAUUCAAAGAGCAAGGCCAGCUCAGUCAGUAGCUACAAGCUGGAGAGAGAGUACCAGAAGAACAGGAAAGGGACUGUGAAGUUCAAUGUCAACUCCACCAUUUACGAGAUUAGAUUUAAAGACAUGUGUCAAAACAAUCUGACCACUGGACACCGGAGGAAGAUCAGGCGCCGACCUAAAUAUGAACCACCGCAAGGGGGCAUAAUUAGUUCAAUGAAAAAUGCCAUCAAGAGCUUGUCACUGUCUUCAUCUACAAAUACUCCAGUGUGGCAGUUCAGUGGGCAUGGUGAACACUGGCACACUUUUAAGAAAAGUAACUCCUGUUCAAUGUCAAGUGAAGACAUCGAGGUGGAAUACCAACACAACCCCCAGGGCUCCAUUAGGUUCACUGUAAAUGAAAAGCCAUACUUACUGGACUUCUCAAGAAUGAGGCAAACCAAUGAGACAAUAAAUGUCACUCGCAAGAUCCGGCGUGUGCUUCAGUAAUGGUACACUCCCAGCAGGGUUCAGGUGCCACAUGAAAGACCUUUGCACCAGGCGAGGGUUAUAAAGAAGCAGUGGUGGUUUUAUGAUGU